CGUAUGCACACUCAACCACGACGUGCGCAUGUGUAAGAGUCUACGUGAUCAGCAUGGAGUCGAGUGAAGUUGCUAAAGAGGAAGUUGUCCAGGAGACGGGCGACCUAAACGGCGCCAAGGCGGGCCCAGACACCGACCGCGAGGCAGGAGAGUCCUCCGGAGUACUCAUUCAGCUAGAAGAGGAAGCACAAGAUGACCUCAGAACUACCCGAAAACGUAAAAUGAUACUGAACAAAAAUGGCGCAGUUAUUAAAAAAGGAAAGAAGUCUGUGCAAAACGACGAACCUCCGACCGCCUCCGACGAGCGCGAACCGGCGACACCUGAACCCGAGGAUCCUGUUCAAGAGGAAGCAGCGGCUGAAAAUGAUAAGCCGUCUUGCUCUACAUCUUCAAAAGACAAUGAUUCAACAGUCGAGGAUGAUAAUGAUUCCGUUCAAGAGGAUGAUGAUGAUUCUGAUUGGGUUGAAUAUGGAGAUCACGACGGCAUGUUUGAGAUUUCUGAUGAUUAUGAUCGUCAGCUUGAAAUUUAUUUUUCUCAACGGAAAUUCUCCGAUUAUAGACCUAAGCCUGAGCCAGAAGAAGAGCAGGUGGCCACGGAACAGGUAGGUGUGGGAACGGAGGAAGUGCCAAUUAUCACGGAUGAUGUAGCAUUGCCCGUGCAGAAUAUAGUAGCGGCCAGUAUCGAGCAGGCGGUUGCUUGUGCUCAGGCCAUCUCAGGCCCGGUGAGAGAAAGCGCUAUAACCCGAUGGAAGAACAUGGUUGCCAGGGGAGGAAGCUCGGUGGCCACAGUGAGAAAUGCUGUAGAGCAGGCAUUAGGAUGUAAUGUGGCACCAGGGGCCCAGCAAAACACCAAGAGAACUCCGGAACAAGAGAGAAUUAACAAAGAAUUGCGCAAGAAAAUACUCUUCGAUAUCACUACGGAAACUGUGAAAAUAAUUAUCCGAGAAAUGGAGCCCAUCUCAGAAUGCUUCGAGUCCCAAAGGGUUCAAAUCGAAAAAGAGUUGAAAGAGAGCAUGUCCCAGCCCAUUGUGUUUGAAUGCGAGAAGGCUCAAGAGCUAGCUAAGAUUAGGCGAAAAAAGGAAAUCAUCCGCCGCCAGGUUGCUGUCUCCACUCUCACAGCCAAAUUCAACAGGCUGUUGUCAGCUCUGCAGCGCUCUGCAACUCACGAGCUGAAAUAUUUCCUCUAAGCAUAUUAUUAUGUCUAAGCGCAUAGUCAGUCUAUGUCUUCUACUAAGAUUUUGGAAAUUUGUGUCAUGUUUAUGAAAAAUGAAUGUUACUCUCAUUUGAUGUCUGCUUAAUAAUAUCGAAUAUAAUCUAGAAUAUUAUGUAUCAACUAUCAUUGAUAUCAUGUAACCUGAACGGAAAACUCUGUUUAGAUGUAAUGGUUUCAAAAUAAAGAAUACAAUCAGUAGAGA